ACGUUUUGCGAACUAGUUUGGUGUUCUUUAUUGUUGUCUGUAUUUGUUGAGAAACAGAAAGAAAGAAAGAAAGAGAGACAGAGAUAGAGAAAUAGAAGUUCUCGACAUUAUCAAAAUCUGAUGAAAGUUUUGAGACUAACUUUUUGAUCUGUGAAGCUCUCUUAUCAAGUGUAUCUUCAGAUUCCAAUUUUUACUGUGAUUUUUUUUUUAGUGGUGAUAAUGAAGUUAUUAUUCUUGUGAUGAGAGAUGGAAGGAGGAACUUCUUCGAUUGUGCAGAGAGGGGUUCGGUUACAAGCUCCACUAGUUGAUUCUGUAUCAUGCUACUGUAGAGUGGACGCGGGCUUGAAAACAGUUGCCGGUGCUACAAAGUUUGUUCCUGGAUCAAAACUUUGCUUACAGCCUGAUAUCAACCCUCGGGCACACAAGGUUAAGAACCCAUGCAAGGAGAGAACUAGAAUUCAGCCCCCUCUCUUACCUGGUCUUCCAGAUGAUCUCGCCAUUGCUUGUUUGAUCCGGGUUCCUCGUGUUGAGCACCGAAAACUGCGACUAGUGUGCAAAAGAUGGUACCGUCUUCUAGCAGGGAACUUCUUUUACUCACUUCGGAAAAGUUUGGGAAUAGCAGAGGAGUGGGUAUAUGUAGUUAAAAGAGAUCGCGAUGGACGGAUUUCAUGGCAUGCUUUUGACCCUACUUACCAACUCUGGCAGCCAUUGCCACCUGUUCCCGGAGAAUAUUCUGAAGCACUUGGGUUUGGAUGUGCUGUUCUCAGUGGUUGUCACUUGUACUUAUUUGGAGGCAAAGAUCCAUUACGAGGAUCUUUGAGAAAGGUCAUCUUCUAUAGUGCAAGAACUAAUAAAUGGCAUCGAGCUCCAGAUAUGCUGCGGAAACGCCACUUUUUUGGAUCUUGUGUGAUAAAUAAUUGCCUUUACGUGGCUGGUGGAGAAUGUGAAGGUAUCCAGAGGACUCUGAGAUCAGCUGAGGUUUAUGAUCCUAACAAGAACAGGUGGAGUUUCGUUGCGGAUAUGAGCACUGCAAUGGUUCCUUUCAUUGGGGUUGUUUUUAAUGGGAGAUGGUUUUUGAAAGGACUAGGGACACAUCGCCAAGUCAUGAGCGAAGCAUAUACUCCUGAAACUAAUAGUUGGUCUGUGGUUAAUGAUGGUAUGGUUGGUGCUUGGCGAAAUCCUAGCUUGUCCUUGAACGGGCAGCUUUAUGCCUUGGACUGUAGAGAUGGAUGCAAAUUGAGAAUCUAUGAUGAAGCUACAGAUUCUUGGAACAAAUUCAUUGACAGCAAAAUCCACUUGGGUAACUCGCGGGCGGUGGAGGCCGCAGCACUAGUUCCUCUCAACGGAAAGCUUUGUAUAAUCCGCAACAACAUGAGCAUCAGUUUGGUGGAUGUUUCUAGUCCCGCCAAACAUGUGGAGAGUAACCCUCAACAACUCUGGGAGAAUAUUUCCGGAAAACUUCACUUCAAAAAUAUAUUCUCAAAUUUAUGGUCGAGUAUUGCUGGUCGAAGUGGCUUGAAGAGUCAUAUACUGCACUGUCAAGUACUUCAGGCAUGAAAGAAGUGGAUGCAGAAGAAAAAGGAUUUGCAAACUCAACCAAGCUUUGCAGACUUCAGAACCGGCUUAUAGACCAGGCCAGCUAGGCCAAUGCAUAGAUCCUCAAAUUGUUGGGCCCAAUUUUUUAAAUUCUUUUUGAAUACAUCCCAACUGAUGUUCUAUAGUUUUAGAUUUGAGCCAUUACACCUGUCAAAAUUGAUACAAUACUAAAUUAAUGUAAGAAAUAAAUUUGGUAUAA